UUCUGAAUAUAANGAGUCUCUCACACGGAAGAAGACUCGAGAAGCUUCAGACAGAAUCUAAACAUGUAAAGCGAGAUUGGCGAAAUGACGACCUUAAUCUUUCUGCUUCUAUCUGGGAUACCAGCGGCUUUAACAGUGACCCACUCUCUGAAGUAUUUCUACACAGCAUCUUCAGGAGUACCAAGCUUCCCAUCAUACGUGUCUGUUGGAUUUGUGAAUGAUGUUCAGAUAAGUUACUGUGACAGCAACAUCAACAAAAACAUUCCUAAACAGGAUUGGAUGAAUAAUGUGAGUUCAGAACAUCCAAAUUACUGGGAGGAGGAAACUCUGACAUGUCGGGAAAAACAGAAAAUCUUCAAAAAAAACAUUAACAUUGCAAAGCAACGCUUCAACCACACUGGAGGAGUUCACGUCUUCCAGCAGAUGUAUGGCUGUGAGUGGGAUGAUGAGACUGGAGAGGUCAGAGGUUAUGAUCAGAUAGGUUAUGAUGGAGAGGAUUUGAUCAUACUGGACCCAUGGACACAUCAAUGGAUCGCUCCAAAACCACAAGCUGACAUCACCAUACAAAAGUGGGAUCAUGAUAGAAAUGCUUUAGAACUUGAGAAGUCCUACUUAACUCAGACAUGUGCUGAGUGGCUGCAGAAAUAUGUGAACUAUGGGAGGAGCUCCAUGAUGAGAACAGAUCUUCCUUCAGUUUCUUUCCUCCAGAAGUCGCCCUCCUCUGUGGUCAGUUGCCUCGCUACAGGUUUCUACCCCAACAGAGCUGAAAUGUUCUGGAGGAAAGAUGGAAAGGAGAUUCAUGAUGGUGUGGAUAAAGGAGAGAUCCUCCCCAACAAUGAUGGGACCUUCCAGAUGAGCGUUUAUAUCAAUCUGUCAUCUGUUCCACCUGAAGACUGGCCCAAGUACGAAUGUGUGUUUCAGCUCUCUGGAGUCAAUGCAGACGUCAUCCAUAGACCUGAAAAAAGAAGAAUAUUGACCAAUAAAUCAGCAAACACCGGCUACGUGGAGAUUGCUGUUGGAGCUUUGGUUGCCCUUGGUGUCAUCAGUGUGAUUUUUAUUGGUUGGGUUGUAUUCUUUCUUCGCAAGAAGUGUAAAGAUGCUCAAGAUGCCAAAUCUCCAACGUCAUCUUUAUAUAGUGACAAAUCAGGCAAUAGCCAAGGAAGUGCCACAUCACAUGAACCAAUGUUAACAAGCAAAAAGAAAACUACCAAACGAAGACUUUGAACACCAAUAUCUAAAGGCACCAAAGUCAGCCUUUUCCCUCGAUUUCGUUAAAGCAGCAGAUCUACAUAUUCAAUUAGUUGUUUUAUGUUGUUUCAAAUAUUAUUUCUGUAUGAGGUUUUGAGAAUAGGUUAAUCUCUUUUGCUUUUUGAUUUAUAGUAAAAUCCAAUCAAGAUCUAAGAAUAAAAAAAUAUUUUUGCCAUAGUAAUGUCAGGAUGGACUUGAUGCUGUUUUCCUGUUGACUCAGCAGACAUUUCAAACUAAAACUUUAAGGUUUAAAAACAUAAUAAAACAUACAGUCUGCAACAUGAGUUUGUGGGAAAUGGUUGUUAAUUCACUAAGUUUUUCUAUUUGUUUUCAUUUUCCAACAGUUGAUCUUUUGACUUAAUGGCUUUUUUGGGGUGUUAAUUUUUUUUUAUAUAAUAUGUAUUUCAUAUUAAAAUAAAUGAAUACAUAUAAUAAAUGAAUAUACCUAUAAAUAAAUGAAUAUACCUAUAUAUAGGAAUAAAAUCUUGAAUUAGACUUGGAGCUUCUUUUGCUUCUUUUUGUUUAUUUGUUCAGUUUCAUACUGUGACCUAUUUGAGUUCUGAAAAUACUGAAUAAUUGCUGAUUGUUUUUGAAAUCAAUAAAAUUAUUUAAAAAUUAAUCAUAAAUGUUAGAUUUAUGAUUCAUCUUAGCAGAGCAAAUAUCUCUGCAAGAUCUGUUGAAAAUAUUCUGUUGCCACUUUAGAAAAUAGAGAUAUGUACAGUGGGUAUGGAAAGUAUUCAGAUGCUCUUUCUCGAUUCUGUGGGUGGUGGUGCAUGGCCGUUCUUAGUUGGUGGAGCGAUUUGUCUGGUUAAUUCCGAUAACGAACGAGACUCCGGCAUGCUAACUAGUUACGCGGCCCCCGUGCGGUCGGCGUCCAACUUCUUAGAGGGACAAGUGGCGUUCAGCCACGCGAGAUUGAGC